CUUCGCGGCUUGGGCUCUUUUUUCGAGGACUGCUGAGCUUGAAGAACAUUUUGUUCCUCUGGAAACAUUAGAUCUAUAAGUGUCCACACUUUCGGCGUAUCGGUGACACAUGUUCUCUUUGCAAGUGCGAAUUUUCCAUGAUUAUUUCAUUAAAGUAGGUUGCAGCAUCGAGCAGAUAUCCUGAGAUUUUCUGAACGAAGGCGAGCUUGUCGAGAUAUAACUGAUCGAAUUGUUGAAUGGCAUGGUAGCACUCCUGACUGCUCGGGCUAAUUAUAGACGUAUAAUAGUUAUGAGCCUCAACGAACCUUUUCCAUGAAUUAUCGUACUGUUGUGAAAGUACUCUAAUAGUCUCGGCAUUGUUUGGGUCAUUUAACAAAGAUUCGAUUUGACCACGCACACGAGUAACGGCUCCCAAGCAACCUGCCCUAGUUCUCUUUGAGGAGUACACCUUUUCGUCGAGAACGUCGUCAGAAACUUGUUGCACACGCUCCCUUCGUGGCCAUCUCGUAUUUCUAUUGUCUGAGUCCAUAUUUCAUUAAAUCAGCGAUGCAUGUUAUUGUAUAUAUUGUAAUAUACAGUCCUUAAUUAAACGAACGUCAGGCGCAAGCCAACGGAAUCUCUUUGUGCUUCGACAAGAAAGAACUCCAAACGGUCGGCUGAUCAUUCGAAUAAAACUAUGUAUAGGUGUUCCGACGCUAUACGCUUAGCGAACUUGCGAUGUUAGUUAUCGACCCCAAUGUGACAAAUCGUGUUGAUUUUGUUUUAUUCUAACAGAAUAUAAAUACAUAAAUAUUUACAUUAAUUAUACGCAAACUAUGACACAUCACCACGAUUUUACAUAACAAACGUUCACAUAGACGAUAGAUAAUACGCAAAAAAACGUUAAUGUCUUACCGAAUGUCGAUAAUCCGCAGAGUUCUAUUUUACAAGAAUUUUCCGAGUAUUUUUUAUAAAUUUAAAAUGUAACAACCGAAACGUUCUUCCUCCGUAUUUUUUACGGCCGAAGUGCAUGCUUAAUUGACGUGGACUCCGCUGCCCGGAAGUGUUGAGUACGUUUACCUCAACAGUUGGCGACUGCAGAACAUCAUCGACUUAGUCUUAAACACGACGCUGCAUCACUGUGGUUGGAAGACGUCACUAGAUACUCAUUUAAAGUGUGCAUGCGUGAAUUACAAAACUUUGAUGGAUAGAUAGAAGAUAUUUACGUGGUGAGUCAACUAAAUACAUAUUAAAAUAUAUUAUGCGAUAAUUCAAACCCUGCCGAUUCAAACACUGUUAUAAACCUCGUGCAAUUAAGUAAAAUUAUGCGCUAAGACAUCGCAGCAUCAGCUCAGUAUAAUAUAUUCAACGUGUUGUUGAUGAGUGGAGAGAGAAAGCGCAUACAUACAUAUGCACACUGCACAUUUUAGACGUCAGCUUGAGGUAUUAGCGCUGCAUGAAUGUGUGUAUUUAGAGCAUAUCUUGCAAAGACAAAUUAAUGCAGUAAUAGCGAGUUAUGUAUUGAACAGUGCAUACAUUACGUAAAGUUCCAAAAUGUUUGGGUAUGUAAAAGUUUGGGCUUUUAUCCUUGUUCCACUGAAAAAUUUAUGUUUUCGAAAGUUCCAGCGCGCGGGUCUUUUAGAAAUUAAGACUUUAGAAAUUUGAAAAAUGCGCAAACUCUUGUCUAUGACAAUCUUAUUCGCAUUCAAAAUAAAUUAUACAAAAAAUAUACGGCAUAAUAUUCCAUGUAUAUAAUUAAUGCCUACAUCUUAAAGUAAAUGCAUGAUUUUAUUUUUUUACAAUUGGAUUGCAUUUGAAACUCUCGAACGGCCUAUUUUCACAGAACAAGGUUCCAAUCAUUUCGUUCGGACUUCCAAAAAUCCUCCGUCCAGCACCAAUUAUGCACAAUGCAAGGAUGUCACUUUUGCUGCCAACUAUACCAAACCACCAACGGUGUUAGUCUCUCCGAAGCACAGUACAUCAGGAAAUAAUGUUGAUCCAAAAAACAAUGGAAUCUCCACAUGGAUUGAGACUAUUACAGAUGCGUCUUUUAGAAUAUGUUUUAAAGAGUUACACAGCACCAAUGGUUAUGAUCCUGUUACAAUAUCCCAUGUUGUCUUAGGAGAAAUCUGUGAUUCGGGGUGGAUAUAUUUCAGAGGAUAUUGUUAUAAAAUAAAAACUUCGUGUGAAACGUGGAAAAACGCCUCAACAACGUGCAUGGGUUAUGGUUCAACUCUGGUUAGAAUUGAAAGUUCUGAAGAAGACGUCUUCGUUCAAAAUCUUCAUUAUGGAAAGCAGCCAUCUUGGAUCGGAUUGAAUGAUCAAGCAAAUGAAGGGAUAUAUUUGUGGAGCGAUGGCGGACCUGCCUUUUACACAUACUGGGAUCCACGAGUAACCACAAGUAACAGCGAGACUGAGGACUGUGUUGAGAUUUCAGGAAAAGAUACGAAAUACUACUGGCAAUCAUCAUCAUGUGACAAUUGUCGAGGCUAUACGUGUAUGAAAGAUUAUGAUGAGUGCACUCAAAAUACCCACACUUGUGACCCAAAUGCUGAUUGCAAAAACACCGACGGUUCAUAUACAUGUCAAUGCCGAAGUGGUUUUACCGGCAAUGGAAAAGAAUGCAGAGAUGUGAACGAGUGCUCCUUAAACUUAUGUGCGCCAAGUGCCAAUUGUAGCAACACAGUAGGCUCCUACACGUGUCAUUGUAGGAAAGGGUAUACCGGUAACGGUCGAAAAUGUACAGGUCGGAUAGGAAAGCAAGAUUAG